GCUGCUUUCUACCUUUUUGUACAUUUGCUCAUAUUUUUUGUCACGCUGUCUUUACUCAUGCUCAUGCUCAUCACUAGGACUAAAGUCUUUACUGCACAUGUUAUGGUUUUCCUCUAUGCAUAUCGAUUUCACUUUGUGUGUUGCGAUUUGAUUACUAGAUGUUUCUUUUUAGUGCUUGGCCGAAAUUCACCCUUGAUAUGUCAAUUUGUACUCCUUUUUCAUUGGAUGAAAGCAUCUUUGUUUUGUCUCAUUCGUUAUCUUGAGCCGACAUAACUUGUUUAGGACACCGAAUUGGCUUUGUUCAUCCAUGCCAUCUGAGGUGACUUGUAUGACUAGGUGAAAUUCAUUCAUUCACGUCAAAGCUAAGGACCCCUCUUGUAUAUAAAAUUUCUUGAAUAUGGGAUUUGUGCCAUUAAAAUACAAUUUGUAUAUAACAUGCACAGCUGUUCAUUGUCAUUUUUUCUCUGAUGUGAUGAAUGUUGGGUCUCCUUUACAUUUUAUUUUGAUCUUCCACCCACGUACGUUCAUGUACGAAGCGUUAUGUGGAAUCUAUGUCCAUUUCUCAUUAUAUUAUAGCAUCCCCCUAAACAUGUUAAAAAUGAUGGAGAUGUAUGCCGUCCAGAUUUGAUUUUGAUCUUAAUGAAGGGUAUUCAGCUUGGUUUGCAUGUCAAUUUGGUCAUGUAAAUCUAUAUACUAAUACAGGAAUGAACAGUUCUAUAGUCAUGUCAAUUUUGUUUGCCAAAUCCAUGCAUGUCUUAUAUACAUUCAUGAAGGAAAGCUUCAUGUUAAAUCCGUGUCAAUUUCUUGUUGAAUUGUUGCAUUCUCAUGUCUUGGAUAUGUGGACUUCGAUCUGAAACCUUGCUGGUUAAGACUGUUCAUGCUUUCAUUGAAGAAUGUUUAGCUUUGUUAACAAGUUAUUUGACUGACAUAGGCAUGUACUUAAGCAUAGAAAUGCAUUCGGUCGAUUCCAUGCUAACUUAUUGUUGAUUUCCCACUGUUCCUUGUGCCAUUUGUACAUUGGAUACAACCUCAUGCUCGCUGGUCAGUCUAGGUUGAGUGUGAAUUAAAGGAAUUGCAUUCUCACUUGAGUGUUAUUUGACUUGCUCAUGGUAAUAUAUCGACGUACUAUUGGUUUUGCAUCAUUUUAGUAUGCUCGAUAUCAUUUUUUGAUGCAAAUCGUGGGCUUUGUUUGUCGAUACUUGCUGGGUGUCCCUUAUUGAUUGUGAAACAUAGGAAGCUUCGUCCCAUUUAAGUGUUGCCUUAAUUGCUCAUGAAGAUGUACUAGCAAGUAAUUAAUUUCCUAAUAAUAUUGGCGAGUUUAGGCAUUAUUUCCAUGAGCUAGACAUAGGUCAUGAGUGCUGGAUGUCUUUGCUUGGUAUCUUUGUUAUUUGAGAUGUGGCAUUUCAUCGAACAAUUGACAUGCAUGACGUUUUUGGUAUUUUUGCACUAGUUUUACUUCUGUUUAGUCAUGUUUCAUGUUAGGCUAUAGUGACAUGCGUGUUUAGUGUGAAGUUGGAUGAACCCGUUCAUUGGGUAGACACUAGGCCCGAACCAUCAAAUAUCGAACUCCAUUACUUUGGGUUUGAUCGCCGAACCAUUAACGCCUCGGAUUUGACCACUGAGUCGCGGUUGGUUCAAGUUUGAUGGGGAGUUGUUGAUAUCAUUCGGGCGAUGUUUUGUGUGGGCCUAAGUGAUCUCAAUAAAUGCAGAGCAUCCUUAUUACCUAUCUGCAUUGGUUUCAUGUUAGAUUUGUAGAAUUGCAUUACAUUUUAGUUAAAUUUAAACAUGGCACUUAGGUGUUAGUUUUAUUUUCCUGAUCUGCUUUUAGGAUAGUCAGAUUGCAGUUAGAUGAUGUGUCAAUCAUCCAGUAAGAUUGUUUAUCAGAAAAAACUGGAAUCAUAGGUAAUUUCUGUCUUUUUUCUUUUCCUUUUGGGGAAUAUUUGGUUAAUCAGCAUUGGCCAAUUGACAUUUUUAUGCUGUUGCAGGAACUUCUGGGUUUAAUUGGAACCGUGUGAAGAUCAAGACUAUGAACUUCGCAGCAUCAUUUUGUAGGAGAGUUAGUAUCAAAGAGCUUACCACCAGCGUCUCAGUUUAUAACAGCGCCAGUGAUGCAUCUGGCGGAGGAUUGAGUUUGCUGUUCAGGCGUUGGGCCACUAAGAAGUCGGCUGGAUCAACAAAGAACGGAAGGGACUCAAAACCGAAGAAUCUUGGAGUAAAGAAGUUUGGUGGAGAGAGAGUCAUACCAGGAAACAUCAUUGUUCGACAGCGGGGCACUCGGUUCCACCCUGGGAACUAUGUCGGAAUGGGGAAAGAUCACACCCUCUUCGCGAUGAAAGAAGGGUCGGUGCAGUUUGAGAAGCACAAGCUCAGCGGGCGCAAGUGGGUGCACAUCGUUCCAAAGGAUGGCCACACGCUUCACCCCGUGUACGGGGAGGCCGCCACCGCUGCCGCAGCACCUGAGCUGAAGACAGCUACUUAAAACAACCCCGAUUCCGAAAUUUGAUGGUUGAAUUUUCAGCGCGAUUCCAUAUUUCUCCUCCUUCGCUACGACAAUCACCAAAGUUGCGUCUUUUACCGAUCUCUCUUAUCUUCUUUGUUGAGGCACAGGAGUGAGCUUGAGAGGUACAAGCUGGAACGCUCGGGAUAAAACAGUGAUGAAGGAUCUUAAGGGGGUCUGUCUUGCUGUGUAAAAUUGCAUGUACAUUUUCGCCGUGCAUGCUCGUUUGCUUGCAUGAUGAGAAUAGCGAUAUACAAUUAUUUGAGCAAGAUUUUUCUCAAUCAA